CUUAAUUUGUUUGCAGGGAUAUGCUCAAAUAAGUCUAGCAGACUUCUGCCUCGACUCUCCACAAACCCGGUGGUACAAUAUUCUUAACUUUGCUAUGCUGAGACCAGACCACCUCACUCGGGAUGAUCAGUCUUCCAAAUCUUCAACCCUACGAUCUUCAGUCUCAACUUCAAAUGUCAAAGAGGAGAGCAGUGAUGAAUCCACGAUAAUAUCAUCACAAACCUCUACUCUUACUCGUAACCUUGGGCCCGAAGCCUUGCGUCUCAACCUCCACCUCACCUCAGAGGACUUUGAGCAUGUGAUAGACUCUGAUGAUGAUGAUGAUGAUGAAGAGGAGGAGGAGGAAGAGCUAGAAGCAGGCCGGGAAGAAGUUAUGGAAGAAGCUUUGGAGAAUGCUGAGGACACAGCUGUUGAGGGGACCCUGGCACAACCCACCACAUCACUGGAGAUAGGCCUUAUAUGGCUCAAGUCGUUGUAG